GUUAGCGCCUGGCGAAGGAAGGCCCCCACCUCUCCCCGUCUCUGCUGGUCGCUUUCUGGAAGCUUCUCGGCGGUUGUGGUGUGCGCGGAAGGCAAUCCGUGUCCAUCGGGGCCCAGGAGAGCGCGGGCAGCGAUGCCAGAGAACCUGAGCGCCAGGGCGGCCCCGGCCAACGCGGGGAACCGGGGAUCCGCAGGGAACCGCGGCUCCUACCAGGACAGGGACAAGCCUACCCAGAUCCGCUUCAGCAACAUCUCCGCCGGCAAAGCGGUUGCAGAUGCUGUUAGGACGAGCCUUGGACCAAAAGGAAUGGAUAAAAUGAUCCAAGAUGGCAAAGGAGAUGUGACAAUCACAAAUGAUGGUGCAACUAUUCUGAAGCAGAUACAGGUUCUUCACCCUGCAGCCAAAAUGCUGGUGGAGUUAUCCAAAGCACAAGAUAUUGAAGCUGGAGAUGGCACUACUUCUGUUGUGGUCAUUGCAGGUGCUCUUUUGGAUGCUUGUUCCAGGCUUCUUCAGAAGGGAAUUCAUCCCACCAUCAUUUCUGAGUCAUUCCAGAAGGCACUGGAGAAAGGUGUUGAAGUCUUGACCAGUAUGGGACAGCCUGUUGAGCUGAGUGAUAGAGAAACCCUACUUAACAGUGCAACUACAGCACUGAAUUCAAAAGUUGUAUCACAGUAUUCUAGUCUGCUUUCUCCAAUGAGUGUAGAUGCUGUAAUGAAAGUGAUAGAUCCAACUACAGCCACUGGUGUGGAUCUUAGAGACAUUAAAAUUGUCAAAAAGCUUGGGGGAACAAUUGAUGACUGUGAAUUGAUUGAAGGGCUGGUCCUUACUCAGAAAAUAUUGAAUACUGGUAUUACCAGAGUGGAAAAAGCUAAGAUUGGUCUCAUUCAAUUUUGCUUGUCAGCGCCAAAAACAGACAUGGAUAACCAGAUUGUCGUUUCUGACUAUACUCAAAUGGACAGAGUCCUGCGAGAAGAAAGAGCCUACAUUCUGAAUUUGGUUAAGCAAAUCAAGAAGACAGGAUGCAAUGUGCUGCUCAUUCAGAAAUCUAUUCUACGGGAUGCUCUAAGUGAUCUAGCUCUACAUUUCUUGAACAAAAUGAAGAUCAUGGUGAUUAAAGAUAUUGAAAGAGAGGACAUUGAGUUUAUAUGCAAGACUAUUGGAACUAAGCCAGUUGCUCAUAUUGAUCAGUUCACUGGAGAUAUGUUGGGAACUGCUGAAUUGGCAGAAGAAGUAAAUUUAAAUGGAUCUGGAAAACUAAUAAAGAUUACAGGCUGUGCAAGCCCUGGAAAAACUGUAACAAUUGUGGUACGUGGUUCCAACAAGCUAGUGAUUGAAGAAGCUGAGCGUUCAAUUCAUGAUGCUUUGUGUGUCAUCCGCUGCUUGGUUAAGAAAAGAGCCCUUAUUGCUGGGGGUGGAGCACCAGAAAUUGAAUUGGCAUUACGCUUGAAUGAAUAUUCUCGCAUCUUAAGUGGCAUGGAAUCUUACUGUGUCCGCGCUUAUGGAGAGGCCCUGGAAAUUAUUCCAUCUACCCUGGCUGAAAAUGCAGGCCUUAACCCUAUUUCUACUGUAACAGAAUUGAGAAACAGACAUGCACAAGGAGAGAAGACUGCUGGCAUUAAUGUUAGAAAGGGGGGAAUUUCCAAUAUCCUGGAAGAGUUGGUGGUCCAGCCAUUACUGGUAUCUGUCAGUGCUCUGACCCUAGCUACAGAAACUGUCCGCAGUAUCCUUAAGAUUGAUGAUGUGGUAAACACUCGAUGAGAAGUCUAAAGGAAGAGACAGUACAGCUCAUCAACAUGUUAUAUGUUUAAAAUGACACCUUCACAGAAACCCUGUGUUAAGGAUAUCUACUUAACUCCAAGUUACACUCAUGUAGUUUUGACAAUUUAAAUUAAUAAAACUUCAGAAAGAAAA